AUGAUCUUCAGAAACUGGACACUAUUAGCUUCUUGCUUUGCAAGAUUCUACAGCGCUAAUGCUGUACUUGCUCCUCAAGGUACAUCCGAUGUCGAUGGCUCUCAGACAGGAGUUCCCACGGCCUGUGCAGCCAUUGCCUCCAUCACAGAUUCGCUGCUCUCAGCAAGCCCAAUGGGUGAGCUGUCAGAUAAAAUUAUAUACAUCAGAAAACAAACACUGACCCACAGUAGCAACGCCUUCCGUGCCGGCUUCAGUUGCCAUCUCAUGUUUGAUGACAGUGCCCAACAAACCCGACCAGCUUUGAAGUUGAUCAAGAGCCUUCGCGCUUUUGUGCAAUGGCAAAGCACUCUACCUUGGUUGAAAAGCCCACCGGAGUCGUACGAUCUGGCAGCCGUUGACAUCAUGGGUGGUUUAGACAAGAUCGCCAGCAGAGUAUCUGGGGAUGAGAAAUAUGCCAGCGAAUACGACUUUGCCAUGGCCAUCUAUGAACUCAUUGGUGCUUCCCAUGACGGCCACUUCAGGUUUGUUUCCGAUGUCUUCAGGGGUUUCUUCUGCGAAUAUCCUAGUGCAGGAUCUUGUCACGAUCAGUGUAAACGGAACUGCGACUCCUAA